GACGCCUCCCGCCCCUCCGCCGCCGCCGCCUCCAGAAGCUAAGCAACGCCGGGCCAGACUUCCCCUUCCUGCGCCGCCCUCGCGGAGGUAAUCGGCCGGGCCCUGCGGCUUCCCCGCGGACGGGAGACCGGGACCCCUGUCGGGCAGACGGGGUUAGUGUCGGACUCGGAGGCAGGCCGGGACCCCCGGUGGAAAGCCGGCUUCACUCUCGAAAGGAGACCGGGACCCCUGGCGGAGAGACGGCGCCUCUGUUGGGAGCAGACCGGGAGCCCUGGUGGGGAGACUGCUUCUCUAAGAGGGUAGAGGUCCCGAUCCCACGAUGCCGGGCAGCUGCGACUCGGUGGUCCGCCUAGGCGGCCUGGUGACCCUAAACGUGGGGGGCAAGCUGUACAGCACCACCUUGGAGACCCUGACCCGCUUCCCGGACUCCAUGCUGGGUGCCAUGUUCCGGGGCCCGCAGCCGGCGCUGACCGACAGCCGCGGCAACUACUUCAUCGACCGCGACGGCAAGGCCUUCCGCCACGUCCUGAACUUCCUCCGCUUUGGGCGCCUGGACCUCCCCGAGGGCUACGCCGAGCUCUCCCUCUUGCGGGCCGAGGCCGACUUCUACCAGAUCCGCCCGCUGCUCGAGGCCGUGCGGCAAGUCGAAAUCGAGCGGUGGCGGCAAAGAACCAACGCCGUCUUGCACGCCGACGUCGACCUCCGCCACCGCCGGCUGCACUACAACGUCCGCCGCGGGCCGCAGAAUUACGAGCUGGACUCUUGCUCCUUGGAAAUCUUCACCGCCAACGUUUUCUGCACCGACCGACAUUUUCUCGCCAUUCUGCGCAGGCGAUUGGGACAACAAACUGAUGUCAACCAAGACCCCGAAAGGGUUCACAUUGAAUCAACGGAUUCCAGGCCACCGAGUCAAGAUUCGGUGGAUGUCAAACCCGACUCAGAGCUUUGGAAGCAGCAACCAGACCGUUCAAUCACCAUUGAUGAGUCAAGACUCAUCCCAGACACUUCCAUGGACGAUGAUGAUGACAUGAUGUCAGGCUAUUCGGGCAGCACCGUGUGCCACCAUCUCAGCUUCGAAUGGGCGCCCUGCCCGCCCCAGCUGCCGGCCACGGAAUACGCCAAGCAAAAGCUCUGUCCGCUCGUUGUCUCCGGCGGCACAGAGAUCAGGACUACCCACCAAUUCCUGGAGGAGGUCCUGAAAGUGGCCCUGGCCCACGGCUUCCGGGUGGAUUCCGUCUUCCCCGACCCGGCCGACAUCCUCAAUGCCCGCUCCUUGCGGUUCGUGCGGCAUUGAAACUCUGCAACGCAUUACAGAGCAAAAGUCUGGUGCAGAGAACAUCAAACCACCUUGGAUGCAAACAGAGAGGGUUCCCCAAAUGGACCUUUCUCUCAAUCAGAUGGAAAAGCAUCCGUGGAUUGCAUGGAGAGGAUCAACACAGAGACGGGCAUGAUAGGCUGUAUCCACACUGUAGAAUUAAUGCAGUUUGGCACCACUUUAACUGCUAUGGGCUCCUGGGUGUUGUAGUUCUUUUUUUUUUUUUAAUCAUGUCAGAAGCGAAAUGGGAACAUACUGCAAGUCGCUUCUGGAGUGAGAGAAUCGGCAGUCUACAAAGACGUUGCCCAGGGGAUGCCCGGAUGUGUCACCAUCCUGCAGGAAGGCUUCUUUCAUGUCCCUGCAUGGAAGCUAGAGCUGACGGGUGGGAGCUCACCCCUGUCUGGCGGAUUGAAACUGCCAACCUUCAGCUCAACCAUCUACAAAGACAUUGCCCAGGGCAUGCUGAGAUGUGUCACCAUCCUGUGGGAGGCUUCUUUCAUGUCCCUGCAUGGGAAGCUAGAGCUGACGGAUGGGAGCUCACCCCUGUCUGGCGGAUUGAAACUGCCAACCUUCAGCUCAGCAGUCUACAAAGACAUUGCCCAGGGCAUGCCCAGAUGUGUUACCAUCCUGUGGGAGGCUUCUCUCAUGUCCCUGCAUGGGAAGCUAGAGCUGACGGGUGGGAGCUCACCCCUGUCUGGCGGAUUGAAACUGCCAACCUUCAGCUCAGCAGUCUACAAAGACACUACCCCGGGCAUGCUGAGAUGUGUUACCAUCCUGUGGGAGGCUUUUCUCAUGUCCCUGUAUGGGAAGCUAGAGCUGACAGAUGGGAGCUCACCCUGUCUGGCGGAUUGAAACUGCCAACCUUCAGCUCAGCAGUCUACAAAGACAUUGCCCAGGGCAUGCCCAGAUGUGUUACCAUCCUGUGGGAGGCUUCUCUCAUGUCCCGGCAUGGGAAGCUAGAGCUGACGGAUGGGAGCUCACCCCUGUCUGGCGGAUUGAAACUGCCAACCUUCAGCUCAGCAGUCUACAAAGACAUUACCCAGGGAAUGUCCAGAUGUGUUACCAUCCUGUGGGAGGCUUUUCUCAUGUCCCUGCAUGGGAAGCUAGGGCUGACGGAUGGGAGCUCACCCCCGUCUGGCGGAUUUGAACUGCCAACCUUCAGCUCAGCAGUUCAGCUGGCACAAGGGUUUAACCCAUUGUGCCACCAAGGUGAAGCCAUGUCACUCUUGAGCAGACUAGGCUCAAGCCCUUGUCGAACUACAACUCCCCAGAUCCAAACUGCCUUUGUUCUACAGUGUAGAUGUGCAGAAAUGGGAAUUACCUAUUUAUCUAUUCGCAUUUCUGCUUUUGACCUGCCAAGUGGGCUGGUGAGCUGGGGCUAACGGUGGGUGCUCACCCCGACCCCGGGGUCAAACUGCCGACCUUUUGAUCGGCAGGAUUUUUCUGCAGCACGGCGGUUUAGCCUGCUGCGCUAAGAAAGAAAGAGAAAGGAAGAAAAGAAUAAAGAGAAAGAACGUGAAAGAGAGUAAAAGAAAGUAAGCACGAGAGUAAAAGAAUGAGAAACAGAAAGAAAGAAAGAAAGAAAGAAAGAAAGAAAGAAAGAAAGAAAGAAAGAGCACAAGAAAGAGUGAGAGAAAUGGAGUGAAAAAGAGGGAGAAAGAAGAAAAAGUGAAAGAGUAAAAGAAAGUAAGCAUGAGAGUAAAAGAAUGAAAAAGUGAAAGAGAGGAAGAAAUAGUAAAGAAAGAGUGAGAGAAUGAAAGAAAGAGAGUGAAAGAGUAAGAGAGAGGAAAAGAAAGAAAGAGGGAAAGAAAGAAUAGAGUGAAAGAGUAAAAGAAUGCAAGCAUGAGAGUAAAAGAAUGAAAGUGAAAGAGAGGAAGAAAUAGUAAAAAAGAGUGAGAAUGAAAGAAAGUGAAAGAGUAAGAGAGGGGAAAAGAAAGAAAGGGAAUGAAAGAAUAAAGAGAGUGAAAGAGUAAAAGAAUGCAAGCAUGAGAGUAAAAGAAUGAAAGAGUGAAGGAGAGGAAGAAAUAGUAAAAGAAGAGUGAGCGAGUAAGAGAGGGGAAAAGAAAGAAAGGGGAUGAAAGAAUAAAGAGAGUGAAAGAGUAAAAGGAAGCAAGCAUGAGAGUAAAAGAAUGAAAGAGUGAAAGAGAGGAGAAAUAGUAAAGAAAGAGUGAGAGAAUGAAAGAAAGAGAGUGAAAGAGUAAGGGGAAAAGAAAGAAAGGGAAUGAAAGAAUAAAGAGUGAAAGAGUAAAAGAAUGAAAGAGUGAAGAAGAGGAAGAAAUAGUAAAAAAGAGUGAGCGAAUAAGAGAGGGGAAAAGAAAGAAAGGGAAUGAAAUAAAGAGAGUGAAAGAGUAAAAGGAAGCAAGCAUGAGAGUAAAAGAAUGAAAGAGAGGACGAAAUAGUAAAGAGUGAGAGAAUGAAAGAAAGAGAGUGAAAGAGUAAGAGGGGAAAAGA